CAGCCUUCACACUAUGUGUUGCUUGUCGUUACGGUUAGCAAAACAGCUACUCAGACCGGAUGACUCUCUGCACUUAAUCCCUAAUGAUGAUUUUAGUUACACGGGGAAAAGAUUGGGAACCGAGUUUAAUGUCUUGGCAUGUAUAGAUACAUAAAAACCUCUCGGAGAUUCUGCUAGUUUUCGGUUCUUCCAGCUUUUCUGUAACUCGGUGCUGGAAAGAUGAAUGGAUUGUCGGUCAGCGAGCUGUGCGGCCUUUUCUGCUGCCCUCCUUGCCCGAGUCGGAUUGCCGCAAAACUGGCCUUCCUACCCCCAGAGCCCACUUACACUUUACUGCCUGAAAUAGACUCGCCCCCGACCAUAACCUCAAAUCAGAGCGCCUCGGGCCUGCGUUCUCGGCUGAGUCGGAGAGGUGGAGGAGGAGACCGAGGUGGAGAGGGCAGGUGGAAGCUCCAUCUCUCAGAGCGAGCCGAGUUCCAGUACUCCCAAAGAGAGCUGGACAGGACAGAAGUCUUCCUGACUCGCUCUAGUCGUGGGAACAAAGUGGGAUGCAUGUACAUCCGCUGUGCCCCCACAGCCAGGUACACGGUGCUGUUCUCCCAUGGUAAUGCUGUGGAUCUGGGUCAGAUGAGUAGCUUCUACAUUGGCCUGGGCACACGCAUCAACUGCAACAUCUUCUCCUACGACUACUCGGGUUAUGGAGCCAGUACGGGGAAGCCGUCUGAGAAGAACCUCUAUGCUGACAUAGAUGCCGCCUGGCAUGCGCUGCGCACCAGAUAUGGGAUUAGUCCCGAGAAUAUCAUCCUUUAUGGCCAGAGUAUUGGCACGGUGCCCACGGUGGACCUGGCGUCACGGUAUGAGUGUGCUGCCGUGGUCCUCCACUCCCCCCUCACCUCGGGUAUGAGAGUGGCCUUCCCUGACACCAAGAAGACCUACUGCUUUGACGCCUUUCCAAACAUCGAGAAGGUGUCAAAGAUCACAUCUCCAGUGCUAAUCAUCCAUGGCACCGAGGAUGAGGUGAUUGAUUUCUCGCACGGCCUUGCCCUGUUCGAGCGCUGCCCCAAGGCCGUGGAGCCGCUGUGGGUGGAGGGAGCCGGCCACAACGAUAUCGAGCUCUACAGCCAGUACCUGGAGCGCCUGCGCCGCUUCAUCAGCCAGGAACUGACCGCGCAGUAUGCCUGAAAAUCCAGCAGCUCAAAGCUCAGUCCAGGUGAAACGAACACUCCAGUGUCAAUUUGAGGGCCUGCUUCAACAUUUUCUACUCUGUAGGCUGGUAAAUAUUAACAUGCAGACCUGGAUGGCUCAACAUCUUGAAGCAGGACCUUGUGGGUCCAGUAUAGCAGGGCAAAAAUCACCACAAACUGUAUUUGUCAUAAUUUUCUUAUUAUUAUUGUAUUAUUAUAAUGUUAUUAUUUCUUUUGCUCAAGGCAUCUACACGGAGACUGCCAUAAGUGCAAUUUCUUAGAUUAAUUCUUGUUUGGUUCAAUAUUUUGGGCUGGUGGAUUUAAUGGUAAUUUAAUGGAGGAUUUAAUUUUCUGCUCCUUCCUGUAUGUAUGUGCUCUCUGCUGGACAGAUCGGGUGUUUUGUCUGACCUUGUGGAGACCAUUAUAUGGGCCAAGUGUGUAUGUACUGAUUUAUUACAGACUCUUUAAAAUGCUUUUUGAUCUCAAGCACCUCUUUUACCCUUUUGUUCCGUUUAAUUUGUUCCUUUUUAAACACAUUUGGAUUGCCACUCAGCCAGCAGCAUCUUGAGUCUGGUGUGUGUUUAACAGGACAUGAACUGAGUGUUAAAUUUAGGCAGCAAGCCAUAUACAUUGGGUUACUGUGAAUACAACUAUAAGGCAACCUUGAUAGAAACCCCCCCCCCCCCCCCCCCCCCCCCCCCCCGACCGGAACAAAUGAACUGAAAAAACCCCCGUCAUUUUUCCUUUAAUGCAAUUAAAUUCACAUGAAUGUAGCUUUCAUCUUUCAUUCUCCACAAUGAUGAUUAGAUUACGAGUAAACUAGGGGUUUCUCUGUUAUCUUUUAAUCUGAGCUGCUUUGUUGGUGUGCUUUCCUCUGAAUCUCAUUCAUGUCUCUCUUGAGCUCUUUAUAUCUUGUAUAUACUUCCCUAAAAUCUCUCUUACACACAUUCUCACUCUGUCUCACUGUGACAUUAUACACACUAACUAUUCGUACAUCGUCCCAGUGCCUCACUUUUUUAAUUCGCAAGUUUUCUUGUGAAUUAAGAAUCCGUACUUCUGUUCUCCCUUUCGAUCUCUGACAUUGUUGCACUAUUUCCUCUUUCUCACAGCAGCAGUGUCUGUAAAGCUUAAGAAAUGUUGAGAGGUUUUGAAUAUAAAUGCAUUAAACAAAAACACAUUGCUAAUUUGUAAGAUAUCCUUCCUCUUUUUUGGUAUUUCUUAUUGCAGACAUUUUUGUUUUGUUUAGUUUUUUUAGUAAUCUAUUUGACAUUUACCAUUUCUCGCAGUUUAGCUGUACUUAACGCAUUUUAAGAACAUUACGAAGAACUUGCAAAUCUAUUUUUCUAAGAGUAAGUUUUUGCUCUAGUGCUCUAGUUUUGUCUAAAUCAGAGCUAUUCUUAAGGGACUGGAGAAUAGUUUUAUUGCUAUUUGGUUGAAGUGAAAAGAGGAUAAUUCAGCCCACUCCCUAAGAUAAUUAGAUUUGCCUUUGUCAUCAAUCUAAAGUCACUUUUGAACAUGAUCACCUGGACAAAAUCUAUUUAAAUUCCAAAAAAUACCUUGGGUUUUGGUCUCAAAGUGCAAUAACAUCAAAAUGAUAUGAGUUAUAAGUGUAAGCUGCAGCCUCAGUGUGGGUACGCUCACCCUCUACACUCCAAAUGGCAAUAAACCUAAGCUUUAUGAUGCAGAUGUUUGGAAAAACAUUUUAGAAACCCUCAUAUUUAAAAUGAUUAAUGUAUUAUUCUUUUUUUCUCGCUGCAUCCUUGUAUAAGUGUGUAGGCAUGUUUCCGUUGGUGAAAGAAGCAUAAUGAACUUUUUUUCUUUUCUUUGUGUAUCCUUUUCUUAGCUGAAGAAUGUAUGUGUUGUAAUGUAACUGAUUUAAUAAAAGUGAUGAUGACUGCG